GUGUUUGCAGACCCUGAGGCAGCGGAUCAGGUGCUGACGAGUGGCGCCAACGUCCACGUGCUGGGACUCAACGUCACCACACAGGUCACACUCACAGGCACACACCUUGCCUCCCUGUGCACCCGAGACACGGCAGCCCCUCCAGCAGCAGAGGAGAGCGAGCACGGCACUGCGUCCUCAGUAGCAGUGGCGUCUGUGGAGGCAGAUAAGAGCGGGAGCCAGCAUGCAGCCUCGCCCUCACCAGCAGCGUCCCUGGUGGCACGUCUGGUGCAGGCAUACAGGGCCCACCACCAGCAGUCCGACCACAUGGAUGGAAUUUUUCUGCAUGACGCAUGUGCAGUGGCAGCGAUCACAGCGCCCUCACUUUUCUCCUUCAAGCGAGGCAGCGUGCGUGUGGAGAGCACCGGGGUGGGCCGGGGAUGCACUCUCAUGGACUACUCGCUGAAAAAGUAA